GCAGGCCUGGGAGAGGAGAGGGCUCCUGGACUGGCAGCAUCAUGCGCCGCAGUGGCCUCCUCCUCCUCGUGGGUCUCCUCGUCUUCUGGGCUGAGCUGGCACCCGGCUCUGGUCAGAAACCUCCCCCAGGUCUCCCUUACCGCUGCACCCUACCACCUGAGACGGGGCCAUGCAAAAUGAAUAUUAAGCGUUACUACUACAACCCUCGUCAAAGGAGAUGCAUGACGUUCACCUGGGGGGGCUGCCAAGGCAACAGCAACAACUUCAAGACAAAGGAGGAAUGCGAGAGGGUCUGUAUGCGAAUCAGGCCAGCCAACCCCACAGCAUAAUGAGCCACUCGCACUUUUUGCCAAAGGACAGCUGGACUCCCUAAGGAAUCUCCAAAGCUGCAGGAGGGGGCACUGGGCUAUGUGCCCCCCACCUUGCCUCUCUUCUCCUUUCCUGAUGCUGAUGCGAUCACCUGCUUGUGCUGCAAUAAAUACUUUUCUGUUCCUGCAA